CCAACUCCGUUCAUUCUCAUCCUACUCCCCGGCUGGAAAAAUGGCUGCUUCAGCGGCGGCACAGGGCUCAAACCCCGGUCUCUGCCCCAGUUUCGCAGUGGUCUGCUCGUUCCUGGAGCGCUACGGACAAGCCCUGGACCUCCCCGAACUCACCUUUCCGCAGAUGGAGAGGUAUCUCCGGGACACAUCGACAGGUGGGAAGGGAGAGGAAGAGGGUCUCAGCAUCAUCAUCACUGACUUGCUGGGUAGUCAGGGGGGAGCCAGUAGAGCUAGCUAACUGGCUAGGGGGAGUUUCCACACACUGUGACAUGUGGCUGGGUAUAACUGGCUAAUGUUACUGAUUGAUGUAGCUAGAUAGCUAGAUGAAUCGUUACUUAGCUAUUUGAUAAAUAGCUAGCUAGCCAUUCCUGCUUGAAUUACCAAACUAGUUAGUUAGCUACCUUCAUUUUGUUAGCUAGCUAUCAGGUGGACUUUUCCAUCAUGCUUGCCUGCCCAUACUAGUGCAAGAAAAGUAUCAAACUCAGCCCCAGGUGUGUUUGAGUAAAUACUAUUCGAAUACAAUCGAUCUCGUAUUGUGGCGAAUCGUGUCGUAAACAGUUGUCAAAAUAGUCCGAUAAAAACAGUACUUGGCUGACUGUCAAUUUUGCGCAUGCGCAAUGCGUGAUGUAGCUGAGCUAGCCAACUUCAUGCUAAACCAAGCUAACGUUAGAUGUGUUGGUGGCUAUCAAUUCAUUCAAAUAAAAUACCGCUGAUUUCAAAUUCCUCAGACUUUACACUUGCCACAGUUUCUAACUAUUUAAAUCCUCUUUAGAGAUAAUGGUAGCUGCUGGGGCUUUCUUGUCACGAUUUAGCUAGUUAUCUUGCUAACUGUGUGUAGCGUACCUAGGCUAGUUACAAACGUUACAGUAUCUGUAGGAAAGAUGUUGUUACUAGCUAGCUAGUUAGUUAACUGUCUGUAGACUGCUGUGAUAACGUUGUUUGCUCUUUCCACAUUUCCUCCCUUGUUCACGAAACACAUCGUCGUGUUUUUUUUUAUAAUGCAAAAAAUGACAAUGCAUUACAGUUGCUUUUGAUCUUACCUCCACAUCUUCCACUGUUAGCUAUAUCUUUGAGAAUAAUUCCAAGAAAGUGUGAAUCAAUGUGAAUUGCACAGUCAGAAUACCAGAAGGAGAAUGCUAUUUUUUUUUAAAAUUCCCACUGCACAUUGGGUGUUGUAAUACGUUUUUAGUGUUAUACUAGCUGGUGUUAUGACAGUGUGUUUAGUUUUAUAACAAACUAAUGUAUUAACUCAUGUAUUAUCUCUCUGUGUGUGUAUCUCUCAGUUCCCAAGCCACUGGUGGAGCUGCAUGUCAAGCUGCUGAGGAAGCUUGGCAAGUCUGUGUCUGCAGACAAGUGGGAGAGGUACCUGGCUAAGGUGAGCUGUGCUUGGUGUGUGUGUGUGUGUGUGUAUGUGUGUGUGUGUGUGUGUGUGUGUACACCUGUAAUGACUGUAUAUUUAUCAUCCAGGUAUGCCAGGACAUCAACAGUAGCUGGGCCUGGGAGCUGGAACACAAGGGAUACCAGGAGAUGAGCAUGGAGUGCAAAACCAGCAUCCUCAAAGUAAGACACACACACACACACACACACACACACACCUUGUGCAGACUAUCAUACUAAUAUACCAGUUUACCUCCUCUGUGAUAUCUACUCAAUGUAUGAACAGUAUAUUGAUAAUAUACACUGCUUUCAGAAACUAUUUACACCCCUUGACUUUUUCCACAUUUUGUUGUGUUACAGCCUGAAUUUAAAAUGUAUUACAUUUAGAUUUUGUGUUACUGAUUUACACACAAUACCCCAUCAUUUCAAAGUGGAAUAAUGUUUUUAGAAAUUUUUACAAAUUAAUAGAAAAUGGAAAGCUUAAAUAUCUUGAAUCAAUAAGUAUUCAACCCCUUUGUUAUGGCAAGCCUAAAUAACUUCAGUAGUAAAACUUUGCUUAACAAGUCAGAUAAUAAGUUGCAUGGACUAACUCUGUGUGCAAUAAUAGUGUUUAACAUGAUUUUUGAAUGACUAUCUCAUCUCUGUACCCCACACAUACAAUUAUCUGUAAGGUCCCUCAGUCGAGCAGUGAAUUUCAAGUACAGAUUCAACAAUGAAAACUGCAAUGAAGGGCACCUAUUGGUAGAUGGAUAUAUUUAAAUAAAAAAAAGCAGACACUGAAUAUCCCUUUGAGCAUGGUGAAGCUAUUAAUUACACUCAGGAUGGUGUAUCAAUACAUCCAUUUACUACAAAAAUACAGGCGUUCUUCCUAACUCAGUUGACGGAGAGUAAGGAAACCGCUCAGGGAUUUCACCAUGAGGCCAAUGGUGAUUUUAAACCAGUUACAGAGUUAAAUGGCUGUGAUAGGAGAAAGCUGAGGAUGGAUCAACAGCAUUGUAGUUACUCCACAAUACAAACCUAAAUGACAUAGUGAAAAGGAUGCCUGUACAGAAUACAAAUAUUCCAAAACAUGCAUCCUGUUUGCAAUAAUACACUAAAGUAAUAAUAAAAUAAUGGUAGCAAAGAAAUUAACUUUUUGUCCGGAAUACAAAGCACUAUGUUUGGGGCAAAUCCAACACAUCACUGUGUACCACUCUUCAUAUUUUCAAGCAUGGUGGUGGCUGCAUCAUGUUAUGGGUAUGCUUGUCAUCGGCAAGGACUAGGGAACUUUUUAGGAUAAAAAGAAAAGGAAUAGAGCUAAGCGUAGUCCUAGAGAAAAACUUUGUUCAGUCUGCUUUCCAACAGACACUGGGAGACAAAUCCACCUUUCAGCAGGACAAUAACUUAAAAUGCAAGGCCAAUUAUAGACUGGAGUUACUUACCAAGACGACAUUGAAUGUUCCUGAGUGGCCUAGUUACAGUUUUGACUUAAAUCGUCUUAAGAAUCUAUGGCAAGACUUUAAAAAUGGCUGUCUAGCAAUGAUCAACAACCAACUUGACAGGGCUUGAAGAAUUACAAAAAUAGUAAUGGGCAAAUAUUGUACAAUCCAGGUUGGCAAAGCUGUUAGAGACUUACCCAGAAAGACCCACAGCUGUAAUUGCUGCCGAAGGUGAUUCUAAAAUGUUUUUGUUUCCCAUUAAUUAUGAGUCUUCUUUUUUUUUCACUUUGAAAUUAGAGUAUUUUGUGUAGAUCGUUGACAAAAAAUGACAAUGAAAUCAAUUUUAAUCCCACUUUGUAACAAAACAAAAUGUGGAAAAAGUAAAGGGGUGUGAAUACUUUCUGAAGGCACUGUACUGUUUUCUUCUCUCUCUCUGUCUGACGGAAACCCCCGUCUCUCUCUAACCCCUGACCUCUAACCCUUGACCCCAGUACCUGUGUGAGAUCCAGUUUGAUGACAACCUGAAGUUCAAGAUGUUGGUGAACGAGGAGGAGGCAGAGGCGAUGAGGCUGCAGCCGUUGGGCAGAGACAGACAGGGCCUGAUGUACUGGCUGCAGACUGACGCCCAGCACAACAUCCGCCUGUACACAGAGGAACAGGACGACUGGGACGGAUCCACCUGGAGAUGUAUCGUCAGGUAAUAAUGGAUGCAUGGAUGGAUGGAUAGAUAAGAUAUAUUUUUUGCAACCCUAGUUGGAGCAGCUAAGAAGAAAGAGUAUUUUCCCCCUUUUCUCUACUUUUGCAUAUUUUUUAUACUGAAUGUUAUCAGAUCUUCAACCUAAACCUAAUAAUAGAUAAAGGGAACCUGAGUGAACAAAUAACACAACAAUUACAUACCUAUUUCAUUAAUAAAGUUAUGGAACACCCAAUGUCCCUGUGUGAAAACGUAAUUGCCCCCUUACACUCAAUAACUGGAUGGCCUGACAUUCUCCUGUAGAAUUCUCUGAUAAUAGAAGGAACCAUGAAUUCUGCUCUGUGUCUGAGAAUUCUACAGGAGAAUGUCAGGCCAUCCGUCUGUGAGCUGAAGCACAGCUGGGUCAUGCAGUAAGACAGUGAUCCAAAACACACAAUCAAGUCUACAUGAAAAUGGUUAAAAAGCAACAAAUUUGAAGUUUUGAAAUUGCCUAGUCAAAGUCCAGACCUAAUCCCAAUUGAGAUGAAACGAGCAGUUCAUGCUUCAAAACCCACAAAUGUCGCUGAGUUAAUGCAGUUCUGCAUGCUAGAGUGGGCCAAAAUUCCUCCACAGCGAUUUGGGAGACUGAUCAACAACUACAGCAAGCAUUUGGUCAUUACAGCUAAAGGUGGCACAACCAGUUAUUGAGUGCAAUUACUUUUUCACAGAGGGGAAUUGAGUAUUGCAUUACUUUGUUAAUUAAAUAAAUCAAAUAAGUAUCAAUUUUUUGGGUUAUUAGUAAACUCAGGUUUAUCUAAUAUUAGGUUUUGGUUGAAGAUCUGAUAACAUUCAGUAUCAAAAAUAUGCAAAACUUGAGAAAAUCAGAAAGGGGGCAAAUACUUUAUGUUCAGAAUGUUCUGUUUGUCCUCAGAACCCGGAAUGACUUAGCCGAUGCUUUGGACCUCCUGAAGACCCAGCUGGACUCAGAACACAAGGAGAAAGAGGAGGGAGAGACAGAGAAAGAGAUGGACAGAGAGAAGAAGAGAGGGUCCAACUGUGCCAAACCUGUGGAGAGGGGGAGAAGAGACGAGGAGGGUAAGGGUUCUGUUGUUACUUGUAAUAUGAUGGUGUAGUUAGUAGUAAUAUGAUCAUCUUGUCACUACUGAUAUAUUAUAAUUAUGUUAUUAUGAAUGAAUGUUGGAACCAGAGCUGCAAUAUAACAUGUCAACAUGUGUGGUGAUUUUUCAAGGCGAGGCUAGAGGAGAGGUAAAGGAGGAGGAAGAGGAGGAGGCAAGACAGAAGAGGAAGGCUGAGGAAGACAAGAAGAAGAGUAAAGAGAGCGAGAAGGAGGAGGAAGAGGAGGCUAAGCGAGAGAAGAGUAGAUCCUCUCCCUAUCCAGAAUCCACUAGUACGGACGACAACAUGGUGUCUUUAGCAGAGAAGGAAAACCCAACCAAGCUUGAACCGGUAGUCUCAGUGAAGGAGGAAAACAUUGCAGUUGAGAUUAAGGAAGAAAGGGAGAAGAAAAAACGAGGUGAGAAAGAAGAGGGAGAGAAACAGAGCUGGAGGAAGGAGGAGAGGUCAGAAGUGAUUGACAACAGAGUGAGCACCAUCACCGCGCUCGUCAAAGAGGAGCCCCAAACGCUUAGCAACUCCCCUAGCAAUGCUGUCUCCGUCGUCAUGGCGCCCGUCUUGGCAACAAUGAAACAGGAAGUUCCUCCUGUGAAGGAGGAAGCGGAGCGGGCCCUGAGGACCGACCAGCAGGCCAAGAUGCCACUGAAGAAGAGAGAGCUCUUUGGCGCCAACCGUCACCAUAUCAACUUACAUCACAACAACAACAACAACAACAAUGACAUGCACAGUAACCAACACAACAACAACAGCCAUAGCAGCAGUACUAGCAGUAGCAUCAUCGUCCGUAACCCUUCAGUAACACAUACCAGGGAGGAGCAGCUGGGGAGGCAGUCAGCUCCACCUGGGGGCCUGGCUGUCCCACUGCCAGAGGAGCUGACCAAUGGGGGGGCUCCCCUAAAUGGGCUUGGAGGGCUCAUAGGGGGUAUAGGUCAUGUGGGGGUCAUCUGCAGGCCGGUCUCGCAGCAACAAGAUGGCGGAUCGGUCUGUACGGAGAGAACCAGACCAGGGUCAGAAGAGGGGGAGGAGAGGGCCAGAGCUCCAGACAAGGAGAGGAGCAGGCAGUCAGUCCUGGUGAGGAAGAGCCCUGGCUGGGGAGAGACUGGAGCCCCAACACCCCUGGAGCCUAGAGGACAGGAGAGACCGACAGGAGGAGAGGAGAGAGAGAGGGAAGGAGAGAGCGAUAGGAAAGAGAAAGGAGAGAGAUCGAGGGAGAGGUUAGGAGAGGAUGGAAGAGAGAAAGCGAGGGAGAAGUUAGAUGGAGACCAGUCUGGAGAGAGGGAUGACAACCCGAAAGAGAAAAAGACCAACCUCCAUGUGGAGAAAAGCGAGGGAUGCCAUGGAACAGAGGAAGAGGGGAAGAAGAAGAGUGCCUCAGGAGAGAAGGAGCAGGAGUCAGAGAGCAGCCAGACUGUAGAAGGACAGAAGGUUCAGGAGGACCAGGGAGAGGCCCUCAGCACAGACACACUAACCCAUGCCGGGGUGAGGGGAGCUGGGCAUGGAGCAGCAGACCGGCUGGGUCCCCUGGAGGCCUCCUCUGAGCUGCAGAAAGAAGGGAUCAGGCUGAAGAUAAAGAUCCCUCCCAACCAGAGGAGAGAGAAUGUGAGAGAGGAGAAGGGGGAGGAGCAGGGAGAUGGGAGGUCUCUGCGGAGAUCGGCUCGUAUCUGCAGGUAAGGUUCAUGAUAGAAUCUCUUCCCAUCACAAUGUCUCAAUCAUUAUUAGCGUAACAUAACUUCUUUCAUCACAAUAACUGAGGUGACAAUUUAUCAUGUAGAGCUGAACAAUAUAUACAAUAUUCUGCUUUAAUAUCACACACUCACUCAUUCCCGUCGUGCCGGCUGGCGCAUAGGGCAGCAACAAAGGCUCUCCACGUCUUUGGCCAUCUUCUCCAACUGUGCCCCAGCUCUGCUGGAAUUGUUGGAGCUGUCGCCAUUGUUCUGUAAUUUGAUAUUUAGAUAUUUUACUGAUCAACCCUACCUACAGACCCAGCCCAAACAAGGUGGAGAGCCAAGACGCACCACCAGUAGUGAGGGAGGAAGAAGAGGAGGAGAAGACUGCUCAAUGGCAAAAGAAGAGAGCAAACCCUGAGGGACAAAGCAGGACUGUAAAGGUAACUACUUUGUUUUAAAAGUUAAUUUACUCAUUUAUAAGUGAUGUAGGAAUAAGGCUUUGUAUGAAUAUCAAAAUGAUCAUAGCCAAGAAAAUGUUUGUUAUCAAUGUGAUUGAUUGUAACCGUGUGUGUGUGUGUGUGUGUCUACAGAGCAGACGAAGACAACGAGGCACCCGCUGGUCAAACACUCGAGCGAAGAAAUGCAAACCGAAUGAGGGAGGAGAGGAGGGGGAGGGGGAGGAGAGAGGGAGGGAGGAGGAGAGAGGGAGAGAGGGAAGUGGUUGUGACUCAGAUGACUCUGGCCAAUCAGAGGAGACGCCUAAUGAAGAUCCCUGCAGCCACUGUGGACUCCCCAACCACCCUGAACUGGUGAGAAGUGUGUGUGUGUGUGGAGGAGAUUGUGUUUUUUGUUUCUUUAAGUCUCUGCAUCCGUAUGACUUAUGAAAUAUUGUGUGCAUUAUUGUGAAUCCAUAAACAGUGUGUGUUAAAACUGUUUCCCUUCUGCAGAUUACUAUCUAUUCUUGAUUUCAUGACUUUAUUUGUACCCAGCACAUGAAUGUGUAUACAUUCCGUUGUGUUUCUCUGCUGCAGAUCCUGCUGUGUGAUUCAUGCGAUAGUGGUUACCACACCGCCUGUCUCAGACCCCCUCUCAUGGUCAUACCUGAGGGAGAAUGGUUCUGCCCGCCCUGCCAACACGUAAGUGAGAGAGAGUGUGUGUGUGUGUUUGUGCAUGCGUGUAUUAACACUGUCCCUGGUCUCUGUAGAAGCUGCUGUGUGAGAGACUAGAGGAGCAGCUGCAGAAUCUGGAUUGCGCUCUGAAGAAAAGAGACCGAGCUGAGAGGAGGUAACACACACAGCACACACACACAGUCUCACACGUCAAACACAGUCUCACUCACACAUUGUCACACACACACAUAACACUGAAAUGGUUGUGUAAUUCCUGUGUGUUUUGUCUGUAGGAGGGAGCGUCUGGUGUAUGUGGGAAUCAGUGUGGAGAACAUCAUUCCUGUAAGUACACACACACACAAUUAGGCUAUCAGGCAAAAUGA